AUGUACGAGCGGCCCAUUGCGGCAGGGGAGAUUUUGAUCCAGGAGGGCGACACAGGGCUGGGUGCCAGCGAGCUGUAUGUGGUGAAGAUGGGCGAGUUUGAGGUGCUGCAGCGGCGCAAGGGCGUCAACAUCCGGGUCAACAUGAAGCGCCGAGGCGACACGUUUGGGGAGGUGGCGCUCAUGUUCAACUGCCCGCGCUCCGCCACGGUGGCGGCCAUCCAGGAUUCGGUGGUGUGGGUGCUGGAGCGGGAUAUCUUCCGUCAGUACGUUCGUGAGGUACAGGAGAGCGAGUCGGCGCAGCUGGAGCUGUUCCUGAACUCGGUGCCCAUCUUGGCACCGCUUUCACGAGAUGAGAAGCUCACUCUGCUCGAUGCCUUUGAGGAGCAGCGGUUCACUGCAGGGCAGACAGUUGUGCGGCAGGGCGACCCUGGUGAUUUAUUCUACAUCAUCAAGGAGGGCGAGGCGGUGGUGUAUCAGGACAGCGGCAGUGGCAGCAGCAAGCGUGUCAACCAGCUAUUCAAAGCUGACUUUUUCGGCGAGGGGGCGUUGCUGUCCGAUGAGCCCAGGGGGGCAAGCGUGGAGGCGGUCUCGGCGCUUGUGUGUUUGACGCUAGGCAGGGCCACUUUCACAGCAGUACUGGGGCCGCUGCAGCAGUUGAUGUCCCGAGAAAAGUCGCCAGCAGUAGUUACGCAGCGGUUGAUGAAGCUGCAGUCGCGGGGUGGGCCAUCGCGGGUCCCCGCAGAAGUGAUGGUGCGGCGGCGGCGCCGCAGCAAGAGCAAGGGAACCGAUGUGUGGGAGGUCAUUCGGGCACGAGGCCACCUAGAUGAGGUGCUGGAGCUGCGCAGCGGCCAAGGCAAUGGGGCCACAGGCAGCACAGCUACAGCUGGCAUGUUGACCGAGGGCAACGUGCUAGGGGGCGGCGCAUUCAGCCGCGUCAGUGUAGUUUCAGAGCAGACGAUGGGGCGCACCUAUGCCCUGAAGCGCAUGCGGAAGAGCGCAGUGGCACAGUGCCCAGAGCAUGUGUUCUGUGAACAGACGAUCACCCGCAACCUGACGCACCCCUUCUGCAUUCGGCAGUAUGCCUCAUUCCAGGACAAGUACCACCUUUACUUCUUGUUCGACUUGAUGAUCGGCGGCGACCUGAUGGAUGUGCUGGUAUCAGAGGCGCAGGUCAUAAAAAUGAGGGUCGCACAGGGUGCCCUCAAACGAGGUUGUUUUGCGCCGCAGGUCAAGGUGCUCAAGGGCCUGGAUGAGGCGCUGGCUCGCUUCUACGUGGGAUCGAUAGUGCUGGCGCUCGAGUAUUUGCACGAUCACAACAUUGUGUAUCGUGACUUGAAGCCGGAGAAUGUGUUUAUCGACAACUCUGGAUAUGUGAAACUGGGGGAUUUCGGCUUUGCAAAGGUUCUGGACAGCGGUGCGCGGCGCACCUACACAUUCUGCGGCACGCCUGGUUAUGUGGCACCAGAGAACGUGCUGGCGCACGGGUACAACCACUCGGUUGACUGGUGGGGCCUGGGCGUGCUCACGUAUGUGCUGCUCACGGGUCGGCAGCCCUUUAGCUCCCCCAAGACGGACGACCCCAUGGUUGUCAUGCGACGCAUCGUGGACGAAAGCUUUGUCAUCAAGUUCCCGCCGUACAUUUCCCCUGCGGCCAAGGAUUUUGUGUUGCGCUUGCUGGAGCGCAAGCCCACCAAGCGCCUGGGCAUGUUGCAGGGCAAGGCCAGGGACGUAAAGCAGCACCGUUGGUUUGAGGGGUUUGACUGGGAGGCGCUGUCGGCGCGCAAGGUGCCGGCGCCGCGCAAGCCACGCGACGAUGCCGCCAAGCGCAUCAGGGAGCUGGCGGAGAGCGAGCGAAAGCAGCGGGCACAGCCCAAGGAGACGCCAGAGGAGGUGGCCGAGGCCGAGGCGGUGUUUGCGGAAUUUUGA